AAUUCCUGCGAGUUUAUCUCACAGCGCGAUCCAUCCUCCUACUUGGAACCUACCAACACUACCACACCAUCCCGUCUCCAUACCAACCACAACUCCACCAACCACCAUGAACACCACAAACAGCACAUUCACCUACCAAAACGCCCUCUUCCCGCACAACCCCUCCCCCAACGCCUCCGCCUGGACCUUCCCACCCCCCGUCCCCGCUCCCUUCCUCCGCAAAUGGAUCGAGGAUUUCUUCUCCACGAACAACCCCUCGCGCACCCCACCGACGGCAGAAUCGCCAGAGCAGAGACCCCAGCAGUCGUACUACUUUGAGGUGGAAGCCACGAAGAGCGGGAUGGGUGGGAAGCAGGGGGAAUUUGGGAGCGCGGAGAAGGUGGUGAGGGUUGGGGAUGUGGUCGAGUUGGCGUGGGUGGGUGGGAAGGGGGAUGCAGAGGCGGGGACGGAGACGACGCAGGGAAGGAGGAGGAGGAGGGAGGGGAUGGAGAAGUUGGGGGAUGGGACGAGGGAGGAGCGGGUCGUGAGGUUGAGGUGUGUGGUGUGUAGUUUGGGGAUCAAGGAAGGGGGCAGUGUGGGGGAUGCGUGUGAGAAGUGUGAGUUCCUGCUCCCUUUUCUUCUUUCAUCUUUCUUCGUCUCUUCCCAGAGUCAAGCUUCGCACGUCCAAUCUCUUUUCUACCUCAUGACUUUGCAGAUCCUAGCAGACUCUGCUUUAAUGCCGCGAUACUGACCCACUAUCUUUCUCCUACCCCAGACUCGGAUACCUCGCACUUCUCCCCCUUCACCGACAUAACGCCCUCGCAUCCCAACCCCCCCGCAUACCUCUACACCAUCCCCUCCCUCUCCAAAACCUUCAUCCCGCCCGACGAAGCCGUUGGCUUGUGCUACUUCAUGCUCAGCGACGCCUACGGCGG